AGCAUCUAAGAAAUUAAUUGUUCGAUCGUCGGAGAUAUGUUCAAACCAAAUGUGAUGGAUAAGAGUCUAAUCUUUGAAGGGACCAGAUUAUGUAAUGUGCUGGAAGCAGACCUGAACAGGUUGGACUCUUUUUGAAUCUAGACAACUAAAUCUGUAGAGCUCUGAAGAGAGAAAUGUAACCACUUUACUCACACAGGACCUAUCUGGCCAGCAAAUUAAGGGCGAACUUGAAGCCCGUUUUAUGAUGGCCCAGUUGAUGAAAAGCAUCAAAAUGUCUUCAAUCUUUGGGAGGCUAUGGAAACUAACCCGGGUUUGACACCUCACUGGCCAAAGUGCAGAUUUUAUAUCGAUUAAUAGAAAGAUAAGCUGAGGAGCGGAUGAAAUGCAGCUCCCGGGCAGAACACGUGUGCAACUGUGCAUGCACCUAAGUGUUGUAGUCUAAAUGAUCUCGGAAAAAUAGGCCCUCGUCAGAUCGGAGCUCACAUACAUACACACACAAGUUGAGCAAGUGUUCAAAGCCAGUCGAAACGAAGGCGAUCCUCUCAGAAGACACACAUUCCUCCACUCUCAUUAUCAGGGAUAUAGUAUAUGCCAAAAGAUCCGUCGUUGACGCAGUUCUUUCGAGGAAGGUAGUUUCAGAAUCUGAGCCUAACUCCAUGCCCGAGAUCCUAUGGCAUCGUGGUGGAAGUGGUGGGGGCUGUUUGGCGCUCAUUCCUACUCCCUCCUAGUCUUUUUCCCUCUUUCGCUAUCUCCAUUUCCACGAGCUUCUAGGAGUAGCAGAACUCAAAAAGUUCGACAAUCAGGUUUUGUGGUUCAGAUGUUCGACAACAUCAACGACGACGACGUCGACGACUUGGUGGGUUGUCUUGGACUUGACCCAACUUGUGAGUGAGUGACUUGCCCGAGUGAGUAAGUAAGUCUUAACUGGUGGGUGUUGUGUUAGUGGCAGGAUUAGAAUCCGUCCCCAUUAAUGAGUGCUGUUGUCAUUCCUGGAUUUCCGUGCUCAAGUCGCACAGGGGGUGAUGUUGAUGAGUGCCUUGAAAUCCGACUCGGGUGACAAGUGAUCGCCUUGCGCUACGCCUUUUUCACCAUGGAAGUGCGUCGAAGGCCCGUGAGUCUUCAUGUCGACUCGGACGGCAUGGUGAAUCCGUCUCCGCGACGGAUUGCAUUCGAAUCGCCUCAGUUCAAGAACCGCCAAGCUUCGCAACCCUCCUCCUUGGACCUCGAAACCAUGUUGAAGUUCCGUCGGAGGUGCCAUGGGGGCUCUGGUUGUGUUCGACCUAUCCAAUGCCCAGUCUUUCGAGGCUGUGGCCAAAUGGAAAGGCGACAUCGACAAGAAAUGCCUGUUGCCCGAUGGGCGGAGAAUCCCCACUAUUUUGAUCGGGAACAAGCGAGAUGUGGCCCGUGACAAGUGUUUGCCUUGUGAUCUGACCAUUUCCGAAUUCGCCACCGAGAAGGGAUUCGUACCCAAAUGGUACAAAACCAGCGCCAAAACGGGAGACGGUAUCGAGGAUGCGCUGAGGAUUCUGGUCAAGUACAUUAUGGCUAUGGACACGUGGAACCGUCCUCUUGCCGAUCCUGAUGAACAGGAUGUAUUUCAACCUCAGAAAACUAUUCGAUUAGAAGAAGACAUGGUGGAUGGUAAUCCAACGGUCCCGUCGUCCUCGUCUGAUCGGGAUCAAUCGACUAACGUCAAAGGCUGUGCUUGCUCUCUGUUAUAGUUUAGAAAAAUACACACUAUUAUAUUCCAGA